GAUAAAAAUAAAUCAAUGUGAAGGUUAGAACCAGUAUAAAGAAUAAUUUUAUCAAACAAUGUACCACAAUGUUUGCAUGCCGAAAAGUUUUAACAGUGCUGAUGAUUUUGUUGUCUUUAAAAAGUGGCGUAAGAACCCAGUGUGUACAAAAUGGUUCCAAAGUGUCAUGUGAACGGAUCAAACAAAUUACACCAGGAUUUUUAUCUACAAUAUAUGAAAAUGUGACUAGUAUAGAAAUAAAUAACAGAAACGAAAUAAGCGAAGUGGCUGCAAGAACUUUUAAAUCAAUAAAAAAUUUGGAAAGGCUUACAAUACGAUGGAGUCGUAUUAAAAAAAUAUAUGGUGAAACCGUCAGAGACCUACCAAAUUUGAAAUACCUCUUUUUAAAUUACAAUGGUAUAACAGAGAUUUACACGCCGGCUUUUUUGAAUUUGCCCAAACUCCAAAAGGUCUAUCUGAGUUACAAUAACCUGACAGUUGUGAGAAAAGGUAUUUUCCGAAACGUCACACAACUUGAAUCAAUUAUACUUUCGCACAACAAUAUAAAUCAUUUUGAAGAUGAAUCGUUUCAGGAAGUUACGAAUUUAAAAAAAUUAACUCUGGAUCACAACAAGUUAGAAACUAUUUUCCUACACGAUAUCCUGAGCCAUCCUGAAAAAUUGGAAACCCUCUGGCUGCACAACAACUCUUUAACUUUCAUAACCAAUUACAUGCUGCAAAAAUUGACCAAUUUAAAAAUCCUAAAUAUAGGUUUCAACCAAAUAUCCGUGAUAGAAAGUGGAAGUUUUCAACAUACUCCAAAUUUGAAUACGCUGGUUUUGACUCACAAUAAACUGAAAGACAUCGACGGGGAUAUUUUUCCCAGAUCAGGAAUGGAUUUUCUGAAAAACCUCUAUUUAGACCACAACAGGUUGAUGUAUUUGACGUCCAAAUUUUUCGUGAGAUCGAGCGGGCUGAGGAAAAUUACCCUCAUGGGUAACCCGUGGUUCUGUCAGUGUUUGAAAGAAAUCUACAGCGUUCUUAAUGAAAAUGGCAUCGAGGAAAAGUGCCAAGGACCGUUUUCGAAAGGACAGCGACCGGUUUGUGUCAACGGUGACGUUUUAGACAGUUGUAGACAUACGUAUAAUGCUCAGUUAAGUGCAAAAUUUUUAAAGUACAUGAAAGAUUUUCCCGUGUAUGUUCAUGCCUUAGAUUGUCACUUAUAAUUUUUUUACCUUCAGAUAUUUAACAUUUAUAAACUAUAAGGUAUCUUCUAAAAAUAAUGUACUCCUGUUUAAAAUUGCUAUAACGCACUAUUUUCCAGAAAAUCUAGGAACCAUUUAAAGUCAUUUAGAAUUAUUAGUUAUUGAAAAAUAUUGACUUUGGAUAACUUUGUAAAUUUUCUAUUUAAUAAUGUUUGAAAUCAGAAAAAAUAUUACUAAACUUUUUUAGAAGAACUCCUGUUAAUCAAAUUUCAUGUAAAUAACCUUUCUACGAUUUGUUUAGUCAUAGGUCUCACAUUGACCUGACCGGGUAAAAAUAAAUCAAUGUGAAGGUUACAACCGGUAUAUUGAAUAAUUGUAUCAGACAAAAAAGUUUUAAGAAUUGCUGCGUUUGAAUAUGCACAUCGGAUGCAUCUGAGAUGUUUUGAAUUUUUUAUGAUGUGAUAGAGGAUUAGAUCUAUGAAGACUAGAGAUAAGGAGGCGAAUCGGCAUACUCAAAAUACGGUCCCAAAAAACGCAUGCUAAUUGAGGUAUAAUUAACCGCAUGGGCGCUGGUACUGCAUACGUUGUUCGAAAUACAUGGCUUCUUAUGGGAAUUAUACAUACCUAAUUUUGUCAAAAUAUUAAAAAUAAACUUGUUUAUAGCUAAAU